UACUCUUAGUUGCUAAGCCAUUUUUCUCUAGUCCCAUGGUAUUUGAGGUUAAUAAUAUUCCUAUAUGAAAAAGCAUAACAAAGCUCAAUACUUUGUUCAAUUAGUAUAUGCUAAUAAGAGUUAAUGAAAAAGAAAUCUGUAUUUCAAAUAAGCCACGUAUCAAAAUUAUUAAAGACACAAAGACCCAAGACGAAACUUUUAAAGGUCUUCAGAUUUUGUCAAUAAUGUACAACCAAAUGCUUUGACUCGUUACUUUUCAUUCUUAAGACACAUACCAAGUACAACAAGCCAAGGGCAUCUCAGAACCCAGAACUUUCUCUUUGGUUUUUAAAGUAAAAUCAAAAGCCAUUUGAGGGGACUCUGGACUCCGGCAGAUGGUCUUGUGUCACUGACUGGGAACAAUGCAGGUUGUCACAGCUGUGAGGGGAACCACCUGCAGUUCCUGCUCAACCAGUGGGAGUUAAUAAGCAGUUUUGUGACAUCUGCUUAGUAAUCAUGGCGUCCCUUAUAUUUCAAAUGCUCUACUCACUUCAGUGUUUCUACUGCUGCCAUCUUGUCUAGGGCUUGGCUAGGAGUAUCUCAAAACAAAUUUGGGUUUUUCAUUAGAAAUUAAAAUAUUACAAGACAGAGCCUAGUUCAAAUCACGUGCUCUUAAAAUAUCAAUGAAAACUUUCAAAAAUGUUUGAAUGAAAAAGGUAAACUUAUAGAGUCAUGCUCUCUUAACUCCCAGUGACUGAAUAAUGAUUUUAAUAUCACAUUGCUAUAUUCUGAGAAGCAGGAGAUCAGCUCAGCUUAUCUCCUUUGAUCUGCCCAGUUCCCUUUGGAGAAUUUCAUCUAGAUUUGAGAACUAACUUGUCCAAAGCUACAGAACAGAAGCACCAUUAUGUGAACGCAGAUCCCAUUAUUCCGGGACCUGCUCUCUUCACUAUGUUUCUCCAAGUUGCACUGAUUCUUCAGAGAAAGGGCAGAAUCAUGAAAGGGUGUUCAUCCUAUCUAAUAUACUCCUUUGGGGGACUUUUGUCCCUAUGGAUUCUUGGUGUGUCUUCCACAAACCAAUGUACUGUGAGACAUGAGGUAGCUGACUGCAGUCAUCUGAAGCUGACACACAUCCCUGCUGACCUUCCUGCCAACAUAACAGUGCUGAAUCUUACGCACAACCAACUCAGAAGCUUACCGCAUACCAAUAUUACAAGAUACAGCCAACUUACUAUCUUGGAUGCAGGAUUUAACUCCAUCUCAAAACUGGAGCCAGAGCUGUGCCAAACACUCCCUUUGUUGAAAGUCUUGAACCUCCAACACAAUGAGCUAUCUCAGAUUUCCGAUAAAACUUUCGUCUUCUGCAGAAACCUGACAGAACUCUACCUAAUGUCUAAUUUAAUACACAAAAUUAAAAGCAACCCUUUCAGAAACCAGAAGAAUUUAAUCAAAUUAGAUCUGUCGCAUAAUGGCUUAUCAUCUACAAAGUUGGGAACUGAGGUCCAACUGGAAAACCUCCGGGAGCUCCUCUUAUCAAAAAAUAAAAUCCUUGCACUAAGAAGUGAAGAACUCGAUUUUCUUGGCAAUUCUUCUUUACAGAAAUUGGACUUGUCAUCCAAUGCACUUAAAGAGUUUUCUCCAGGGUGUUUUCAUGCAAUUGGCAAGUUAUCUGCUCUCCUUUUGAACAACGCUCAACUAGACCAACAUCUCACAGAGAAGCUGUGUUGGGAACUUUCCGGCACAAGCCUCCAGAAUCUCUCUCUGGCUAACAAUCAGCUUCUGGCAACCAGAGACACCACGUUGUCUGGACUGAAGCAGACAAAUCUCACCUGGCUUGAUCUUUCCUACAACAGCCUCCGCGAUAUCGGUAACGAUUCCUUCUCUUGGCUCCCACACCUCACGUACCUGUCUCUGGACUACAAUAAUAUCCAGAGUUUGUCUCCUCGCUCCUUUUACGGACUUUCCAAUCUGAGGUACCUGAAUUUGAAGCGAGCAUUUACUAAACAAAGUAUUUCACUUGCUUCACACCCCAAGAUCGAUGAUUUUUCCUUUCAGUGGCUAAAAUGUUUGGAAUAUCUCAACAUGGACGAUAAUAAUAUUCCGAGUACAAAGAGCAAUACAUUCACGGGCUUGGUGAGUCUGAAGUACCUCAGUCUUUCCAAAACAUUCACAAGUUUGCAAACUUUAACCAAUGAAACAUUCGUGUCCCUUGCUCAUUCUCCUUUGUCCACCCUCAAUCUAACGAAAAACCACAUCGCAAAAAUAGCGAGUGGUGCUUUCUCUUGGUUGGGCCAACUCAGGAUUCUUGAUCUUGGCCUUAAUGAAAUUGAGCAAGAACUCACAGGCCAGGAGUGGAAAGGUCUGAGAAAUAUAUUUGAGAUCUACCUGUCGUAUAACAAAAAUCUCCAACUGACUAGCAGUUCCUUUGCCUUGGUCCCCAGUCUUCAACGGCUGAUGCUCAGGAGGGUGGCACUUAAAAAUGUGGAACUGUCCCCUUCGCCUUUCCGCCCGCUUGGUAACUUGACCAUUCUGGACUUAAGCAACAACAACAUAGCCAACAUAAACAAGGACUUGUUGGAGGGUCUUGAGAAUCUCGAAAUUUUGGAUAUUCAGCACAACAACUUAGCAAGGCUCUGGAAGCGUGCAAACCCUGGUGGUCCUGUCAAUUUCCUGAAGGGCCUAUCUCACCUCCACAUCCUGAAUCUAGAAUCUAACGGCUUUGACGAAAUCCCAGUCGAGGUGUUCAAGAACUUAUUUGAGCUGAAGAGCAUCAAUCUAGGGCUGAAUAAUUUGAACAUACUUCUACCGUCUACUUUUGAUGACCAGACGUCUCUAAGGGCAUUGAAUCUUCAGAAGAACCUCAUCACGUCAGUUGAGAAGGAUGUUUUUGGGCCAGCUUUCCAGAACCUGAAUAGUUUAGAUAUGCGCUUUAAUCCAUUCGAUUGUACGUGUGAAAGUAUUGCCUGGUUUGUGAACUGGAUUAACCAGACCCACACUAACAUCGCUGAGCUACGCACUCAUUACCUCUGCAAUACUCCACCUCAGUACCAUGGCUUCCCAGUGAUGCUUUUCGAUACAUCAUCCUGUAAAGACAGUGCCCCCUUCGAACUCCUUUUCAUGAUUAGUACUACUGGACUCAUGGUUUUUAUACUUUCGGCAUUGCUCGUUCACUUUGAGGGCUGGAGGAUAUCUUUUUACUGGAAUGUUUUAGUACACCGGGUUCUUGGUUUCAAGGAAAUCGAAGCACAGCCUGAACAGUUUGAAUACACAGCGUAUAUAAUCCAUGCCUAUAAAGACAGAGACUGGGUUUGGGAACACUUCUCCCCAAUGGAAGAACAAGACCAAACUCUUAAAUUUUGUCUUGAAGAAAGGGACUUUGAAGCAGGUGUCCUGGGACUUGAAGCUAUCGUCAACAGCAUCAAAAGAAGCAGAAAAGUCAUUUUCGUUAUAACAAACCAUCUAUUAAAUGACCCUCUGUGCAGAAGAUUCAAGGUUCAUCAUGCAGUUCAGCAAGCCAUUGAGCAAAAUCUGGAUUCAAUUAUAUUGAUUUUUCUUCAGAAUAUUCCAGAUUAUAGACUAAACCAUGCACUCUGCUUGAGAAGAGGAAUGUUUAAGUCUCGCUGCAUCUUGAACUGGCCAGUUCAGAAAGAACGGAUAAGUGCCUUUCAUCAUAAGUUGCAAGUAGUACUUGGAUCACGGAAUUCAGCACAUUAAAUUGCUUGUGUAGAUUAAGUUGAUAAAGGGAUAGAUCGAAUUUCUAAAGGGCCAUCAAAAAUCUGAGUUUUACUUGAAAGUUUUCUAUGUUUAUUUAUAUGCAUAGAUGGUGUUGUUGUAUUAUAAUCAAAUCUCGUUUUCUGAAAUGUUUUUUAUUUCAGGUCUCUUGUCAAAAACUGGUUUAUUUAUCCACUCCAAAUAAAUACCUUGGGAGCUAA